UGAGCCGCCGUCGCGGGCCGCAGCCUCGCCUCGGUUGUAAGGGGGUGGGGGCGGGGUGGGGGCUGCUUCUCCUUCGUGGCCGCCCUGGCCGGUUUUCUUCCCAUGAAAAUGGAGCCGGAUUUAUAUGUGACUCUAUCUGCAUCAGCUGGGACCACGUCGGACUCCCUGCUUACGUUUGGGGACCUGUUCCCGGAGCAGAAGGGGAAAUACUUCCUCAUGGACCUGGAGAAAGUAUCCGAGGAAUCCAGGAGGCAGGUGCCUGGUCCCGAUCUGGUGCUGCUACCUCCAGAGACCCCCCCACAGUCCUCGGUGCUUCUAGGGCCUGUUCUGCAGGAAACGGGGUCCGUGGCUUUCCAGCAAGUUUUGGGGGAGGUGAAGCUCCACCAAGACUUAUUUCCUGAAGGACCCAUCAAAUAUUUGUAUCGAUUAGAAAAUCAAGAACUCUGUCUCUUGGAUCAAGAGACCAAUAAUACUUCUGUCCCUGACAUCGAUCGGGAUUUACCUGUUAGUGACAAGCAGAUGUCUUUGCUAGGUGUGGUUAAUAAUGAUUCUUCUGAAGAGGAUUUUAAUACAACUCUUACCUUGGUGCAGGAUCCGGUAGUCUCCGACAGAUUAACAGGUCCAGAAGAGCAAGAGCAGGAGGACAUUUAUGCUCUUGAUUUGGGCCCACCUCAGUCACCUCCACAUGAUUUACAAUUGAGCAUCGAUUUUAGGGAGCAGGAAUCAUGUACAGAAAAUUGCCUUCAAGAAAGUGAUGACAUUCUUCAGGAUCAAAGAGAUUUUUACUUAGGCAUGGAUCAGGCUGCUUGCCCGGAUCCCAAAACCCAGCUUUCAGAACUUGAUCCAGUUUUUUCCUGGACUAAAGAGCCAGAGGAUUAUGUGCCCGGAAGAUGCCAGAAAAGUGUUUCAUUAAGUGCGGAAGAUUUAAAUCAUAGUUACCAAAUUAGUAAUGAAAUAAACUUCUUUCCCUCUUUCACUACUUCCACUUUGUGUGAUCUGAAGUUAGAUAUAGUCCAGAAUAACCUAGGCCAAUCCUCUGAUUUCAACCAGACUGAACCUAUUCCAAAUGAGCCUUCAGGGUGUCAAGAAGAUGGACCUCGCCUCAGAGCUGUAUUUGAUGCCCUAGACAGAGAUGGGGAUGGUUUUGUCCGUAUAGAAGAGUUUGUUCAGUUUGCCACAGUUUAUGGUGCAGAACAGGUGAAAGACUUGACUAAAUAUCUGGAUCCCAGUGGACUUGGAAUCAUCAGUUUUGAAGAUUUUUAUCGAGGGAUUACAGCUAUCAGCAAUGGAGAUCCUGAGAGCCAGUUGUAUGACAUUGGAUAUGUCCAAGAAGAUCCCCCUGCCUGCCCUGAUGAAUUUGAUGACUUUGUUACUUAUGAGGCAAAUGAGGUGACGGACAGUGCUUAUAUGGGUUCAGAGAGCACUUAUAGUGAAUGUGAAACCUUCACAGAUGAGGAUACCAGUACACUGGUACAGCACGAAAUGCACAAUGAAGUAGAGACAGACAGUGCUAUUGAUUCUGCUGGUCACUCAGAGUGCCCAGAUGUCAUGGAAGAACCAGAGAAUGGGCCACUUCUCCUCACACCUGACAAAUCCCGCCCACAUGACCUAUCCUUGAGCUCCGACCUGAACAACCACUCCAUCGUUACAGUGAUUAGUGGGGAGGAGCAUUUUGAAGAUUAUGGAGAAGGGAAUGAGGCGGAAUUAUUUUCUGAUAACUUGUGUAAUGGAGAAGUCAGCUUUAGCAGUUCCUUUCUUUCUCCCAGUACCAACCCACUUGCUGCGAAACUGCACAGCAUUCUCACUGAUGAGGCGUUUGAAUUUUACUGUAGCCAGUGCCACAAACAAAUCAACCGCCUUGAGGAUCUUUCUGCUCGCCUGAAUGAUCUUGAAAUGAAUAGUCCAAAUAAACGACUCUCAAGUAAGAAGGUAGCAAGACAUCUCCAUCAGACGGGGACCCUGACUGUUGAGGCUAUGGAAGAACCUUCUAGAGAUCCUAUGGACUGUACAGAUGAGGACAUUGCUGACAAGGUGAUCUUCUUGGAGAAGAGAGUGACAGAACUAGAGAAGGAUACAGCAGCAAAUGGAGAGCAACAUAGCCGAUUAAAACAAGAAAACCUACAGCUAGUACACAGAGCCAAUGCCCUUGAGGAGCAGUUAAAGGAGCAAGAAUUGAGAGCUGAUGAGAUGAUCCUUGAAGAAAUCAGAAAGCAGAAAGAACUCCUGUGCAAGAUGGAGAGAGAAAAAAGUAUUGAGAUUGAGAAUCUUCAAGCCAGAUUACAGCAACUGGAUGAUGAAAACAGUGAGCUGAGAUCUUGUACCCCAUGUUUGAAGGCCAAUAUUGAGAGAUUAGAAGAGGAAAAGCAGAAAUUGCUGGAUGAAAUAGAAGACCUAACCAUUCAACUGAAUGAAGAACAGGAAAACAAAAGGAAAAUGGGAGACAAACUGAGUCAUGAAAGGCAUCAGUUUCAGAAAGACAAGGAGUCAACACAGGAGCUGAUUGAGGAUCUCAGGAAACAGUUGGAGCAUUUACAGCUGUUUAAGCUUGAAGCUGAGCAAAAACGAGGCCGGAGCAGUAGCACAGGGCUCCAGGAAUACAAUAGCAGGACACGUGAGACUGAGCUGGAACAAGAAAUCCGCAGACUGAAACAGGAUAAUCGGAAUCUAAAGGAGCAGAAUGAUGAGUUAAACGGGCAGAUUAUAAACCUCAGCAUCCAAGGCGCAAAGAACCUCUUCUCUGCCUCUUUCUCCGAAUCCCUGGCGGCUGAGAUCAGCUCUGUCUCACGUGAUGAGCUGAUGGAGGCAAUUCAAAAACAGGAAGAGAUCAACUUCCGUCUCCAGGACUAUAUUGACAGAAUCAUUGUGGCGAUCAUGGAAACAAACCCCUCUAUCUUAGAAGUGAAGUAAAGGAAUGAAAUACGCUGCCCCUCCAAUCCUGGUGACCUGGUGUGACCUUGCUGCUCUGAGCUUCAGGAGACCCUGCUAAGCUCUCUAGACCACUAAGGUCUCAUCUCCAUCAAGGGGCAAGGAGGAUCCCAUCCCAUUGCCUGAACCAGCCCAGAGCAAUUGAGAAAAAAGCAGAUACAGCUUUGGUUUGGGGUACUACCCUGACUUGACUUAGCAGGGUGCAAGGGAAUGUAGUUGAGCAGAACAAGAAGCUGGGGGAAGAUGGAAAAAUGGGAAGGAGGAAGAAAACUGCCUCCUUGCCAGUGGAACCGUCUGAGUACAAGGUUAGAGAAAUAGGCAGUGAUUCUAUGAGUGUGAUUUGAUUCUCCACUUUUAUUCUGGCAGAUUCCUUUCAAUCUUGAGAGAGAAAGGUUCUCCAAGUAUCUCGCCAUAUUAGAUAGACUAGUUAGAUUCCUUCUGACUCCAGCUAAUCAAUCCACUAUGAAUCUCCCUCAAAGCCCAUUUUAAUUCUGAAAUGCUUAUGCUUCUAUCCAGCUCUUUUGGUCCCAGUCUCCCUCAUGGGUGAUGCUCAGGCAGGUCUGCAGGUAAAUUGUGUUUUGACUCAGUGCUCUUAAGGUGCUUGUGCAGGUAGUUUCCUCCCUUAAGCCUUGCUUGGCUUCUGCCUCUACACUUCAUGGAAUGCUCCCAAAAAAUGACUAGCUGAUUUUUAGCAGAGUAAAAGGGAAAGGAAGCUGUUAAAACUUCUUCAAACAUGCAUUGUUACACUUUGUGAACCCAUCUGGGAUACACAUGAUCCAGGCUGUUCCUAUUUGAAGUCAAGUUGAUUUUAUUUCACACCAGAUAUAAAAGCAUGUUUGCAGCUGGAUACCCAGCUUCUUUUUCUCUGCUUUGAACAAAUAUGAUUGUAACCAUAAAGGAGAUGGAUGAGACUGAUUUAUAGGUGACUAAAGGAUAUUAGAAGGGAGGACAGAAUAGUGGGUUAAAAUAGAAAUGUGGUUAUGAACUCUUGUGAAUGGCCUUUUUUUUUUCUCUUGAGAUAGAAUUGAGGAGAGUUAGGCUUAGUUUACUUCUAUUGGAUUCAGAUUGGUAGCAGAUUCCCCCUCCCAAUUCCUUUCCCAGCCUUCCCUUUGCCCAUGUAGCCUUAGAAUUGCUCAGGCAUGCAUUUCACAGCAAAAAUUGGGCACGCUGCACCUUAGCCAAGAUUCUGCCUCACCCUGUCCCUUGCUGUAGUGUAGACAAAGAAACGUUAUCAUGAGGAUCUUCAGGAGUCGGUUUUAAGUUUAGGAUUCAAGGAUUAUCGGCACUUGGUCAGGAAUCCUUCCAAGCUCUGGUAGCUGAGAUCUUCGGGGGCAGGUGUGGCUUAUUGCAAUAAUCCUUUUGGGGCAGGCUCUGUUAGUAUUAUUUUGAAACUAUACAGAAAAAUCACCUUCACUAUUUCUAUGAUAUGAAGCUUGUAUUCCUCUCAAAAUCAGUUGAGAAAAUAGGCUUUUGGUUUUUAGUUCUUUUUGAAAGUACCUCCAUUCUACUGGUUUGAGUACUAUAAGUACCUUGAUAUUCCCUGGACAACAGGAACAUUAGAGAUUCAGCCUUAUCCAACAUUCCAGUGGAUUGAUGAUAAUGGGAAGAUAAUUUAUUGAAAUUAACUUCAGAUAUUUAGGAGAGUAGAUUUCCCUUAACAUUGGACACUUUGGUAUUAAUCAUGGCUCAGUUGUUUUUUAAAUACAAAAAAGACUCGGAGAGGGUCAUCUGGGAUUCCCUCUUAAAUGAAAGUGGCUGGCUUUUAAGAUCGUAUUUUGACUUUUGAGUAUCUGCAUACUCAAAUGAUAAAACACCAGCCUCCCAGCUUAGGACAGCAUUGACACAUACCUUGAAGAAGCAAUGGCUAGUGUGUAUAAUUAUCCUGCUGCUUGUUGGAUAACCACAGCCACUGCUGUUUUGGGGAACACACCCAUGUCUAAUUUACAUAGUGUUUUUUCAGUAUGAACAUGGGAAUUUUCUACAUCUGCACCACAGGAGAAGUGUGGACCAUUCUUGGCUUCAUGUUAAUCACUUUAAGGUGCCAUAAGGCAGAUCAGCUUUCUGAACUGGGUUGCCUUACCACUCAUCCACCAUGUCAUUGGGUUUUGUUCUUGUUUUUUAAGAAUAGCUUGUUCCUUCACCAUGGUAUGUCUUUUGGCAAGAGGAGUGGAGAGACCAGAGUUGAUCAAAUCCCUGUCUUAGAAAGUGCUGGGUGACUGGGAGUCAUUGACAGUGGUAUUCCAAAGGCAAAAGUUGAAUGGAAAAAAUGUCAUCCCCGAAUAUUUGUGAAAUGUACUUUUAAAAAAAUUUCCCCUCCCCUGAGUUCUUCCUUUCUUGGGUCCCUUCCAUUUCUCUUCUUCCUAUCCAUUCCCUCCCCAGCUCCCCUUUCCCCAUCUCUCUGCCACUAACUUGGCCUGGAUUGUGCUUCCAGAUUUCUAAGAUUUUUUGGUGAGCUUGCCAUCAGAUCACCUGCUGCUUUGCUUCUCCCCCUGGAGAAUCCACAAGGUGUAUUCCCCAGACUCCACAAGGGAGACCAAAAACACUUAGUCCUGAAUCUGAGCACUGGGAUAUGAGGCCUCUUUUUCUCUUUCACAAACUUGUCCUGUUCCCUAUCACUAUUUACCCCUCCUGUGAGUAUGGAUAUGUGUGCAUACCCCCUUUUUUCCCACCAAGAUUUAAGAUGUUGCCUCGUACAUUUUUGGAAAAGCUUUGGGUGUAAAUCAGUAUAUACUGGGAAGAAAGAUUUUUCUAUCUUGUAGAGUAGGUAUUUUUUAUAGACUGAAGGUUGAUCAAUUUUUUAAUACUUUCAAGAGAGAAAACUGUAUCUGUGUAUACACAUUAAAUAUAUAAUAUAUAUAUAUAUAUAUGUAUAAAUAUAUAAAUAUUGAAGCUCAGCCUUUCUCCACUUGGGGUAAUGUAUCCCUGUGACACACAGCCUUUUUGUUUUCUGUUGAUCACUAAGAGGUACUGUAAAUGUAAAUAUGACUCGCCGGGAAAAAAAAAAAAGUUUCAAGACAAAGCAAAAACCAACAAGCAAACAAACAAACAAACAAAAAAUAAAGCACUGACUUGACCACUGACAAUGCUUUAACCUCCUAUCCCCGCUCCUUCCCCCCCCCCCCAUGGAAAAUGGCUUCCAGAUGAAGUUCCUGGGCCCCUGUAUGUGAAAGGAAUGCCGAAGAAAAGGUGACCAUUGUGGUCUUCAAUGAUGCACCAAUUCCUGUCCGAUUAAAAGCUGUUACCGUCAA